ACCUUCAGUGAAACAAAAGAAGAACGAAAAAUAACGCGCGGAAAUGAGAUAAAGAUAAUAUCCUAGGGAAAGCCGAAAACGAAGGAAAAACAAUAGACUAUCGGGAUCUGUGCGUCGAGUGUCGAGUCAACGGUCUUUUGUCUACAUUUCACGGCGUUUACGAAGGCGUCACGGUGAACAGAAAGGAUCGAGAUCGCGGGAAAAAAAGUGUCACGUACGCGGCGCAACCGCGACGAAGAAUCGUUUUUUAACGACCGAUCAUCCCAGUCGAUCCAUCGCAAAAAAGAACGAUCGGGAGCCAACGGUGAAAUAAUUUCUUCUCUCAGACGGGAUUCACGACGAGAUUGUUCAGUAUUACUUUUAAUUUAUAAAAAUGGUAUCAUCAACAAUAAUGGAAAAUGGAAAAUCCAACCCAUCAAGAAAACCUUCUGCAGUGGGUAUUGGUCCAGGCAAUUAUCGUUUAGUUGGUUGGGAUAUGGAUACUACGGGCAAAAAAGUUAUAGAUGAAAUAUGUCAAAUAGCUGGAUAUACACCUAGUUCCUCAUAUUCUCAAUAUGUAAUGCCAUAUAAAGAUCUUAAUCCUCCAGCUAUGAAAAGACAUAAUAUGAAAAUAGUAACUAUUGGCAAGUUUCGUGUACUUAAAGAUAAUAAAACUAAUAAGGCAUUAAAAACUAAAAGUGAAGUGUCUGCAUUAACAGAUUUUAUAACAUGGCUUUCCUCUAUAAGAGGAGAUGCAGCAGAUGGUAUAAUAUUAGUUUAUCAUGAACCACGUAAAGUUAUUCCUGCUAUGUUAAUUGAGUCUUUAAAAAAAUAUAAUCUUCUGGAAAGAUUUAAACAAAUUGUAAAAGGCUUUGCAAAUGGAUUUAAUAUUGCUGAAGUAAAAUGUGCAAACACAGUUCGUGCAUAUACUCUCAGGACAUUAUCCCAAAGUUUAUUUAAUCAAGAAACACAAUUAGGCAAUGCAAAAGAUAGAGCAUGCCUGGCUUUACAAAUAGUACAACAUUUAAGUUCAUUAGAAGUUACAAAAGGAAAUGAAGCAGAUGGCAGUGGUGAUAGUGAUAGUGCCAUGAAAAAUACUGUUGAAUUUAUUAGGGAAUUUGUUCAACCAGUAGAAAUAGAAGAACAAGAAUAUGCAGAAUUAAAAAUAGUAUUUGAACGACAAAAUAGUUUAAGGCCUAUUUUUGGAGUUCUAUUUCGUGUAAAUCGUCGAGAACGUCAACAUGCUAGUCCUUUACGACGAUUGCUUGCUGAAGCAGGAAUAGAAUAUUCUCAGUUACAAGAAGCAUGGAGUAAUGGAAAGAAAGAAGGCUUAGAUAAAUUAAUUAAGGAAAAAUUAACUGCAACUGACGAAAAAAAAAUAGAAGAUGUACUGAUCGUUCUUGAAGGUCAUUUUGAUCCUGAUAAGAAAUCCAAAUUAAAAAUAUCAAGAGACAAGAGUCAGAUAAAAAUGAAAAACUCUAAUAUUAACGACGAUAGAGAAAAUAAUAAUAAAUGUGAUUCAGGUACCGAAACUCCCGACAGCACUACUCCUAAUUCACCACUUAAAAUAAAAUCCGAAUCUUCUGAGAAUAGUACAUUUAUAGCAGAGGAAUAAGAAUUAUACGAUUCUUUUUUCAGUGCCUUUUAACUAAUUAUAAGAUCAAUAUUGUUAUCAGUAACAGAGUUUAUGAUCAUUCCGUUCAUUCUUAUCAUAACGUUAUUCUAGUGUGAUAAAGUAUGAGUGUUAUUUGUUGCAGUAUUGUAUUUAAGUUUUUAUUUUCGUUAUAACAAAGGAUAGUGUAUCCUUAAAGGAUACAAAACUCGAUUUAACAAAAUUAUGUACAAAUAACACAUUAAUUAGUUUUUUAGUUUAUAUUUUUUUUAGUUUAAUAAUUCAUUUUAUGCUCAUUGAUUUCUAUUUAAUCGGAUUAACGUUAUAAAAAGUGAUUGUUUAGAGACUGUCGACAUAGAAAUAUAUUCAAAUGCUACAGAAUUUUUGUUUUCCAUAUUUUCUGAGAUUAGCAUAUCAUUUUUUUUUUU